AUGUCAUUAAUUUGGAUUGAUGGUGUUCCUUUCUAUGCGCAGGUUCCUAAGGAAAGAAAGUAUAUUAUGCGAAUGAAGGAUGCACCAACAAUUGAGAUUAUCCAUUUCUUGGUUUCUGAAGACCUUUAUUAUUGGUUUCUUUCAGUAACAACAUGUGGUCUAGCAGAAGAGGCUUUAUAUCUGCUCCGAGAGAGAAACAAUGGGUUUGACAUUGUGAUCAGUGAUGUUAACAUGCCUGACAUGGAUGGAUUUAAGCUUCUGGAAGAUGUUGGACUUGAGAUGGAUCUUCCCAUACCUUUUCCAGUGAUGUCUGUUGAUGGUGAAACAAGCAGGGUGAUGAAGGGUAUUCAACACGGUGCAUGUGAUUGUCUCUUAAAGCCUAUACGGAUGAAAGAACUUAGGAACAUAUGGCAGCAUAAAGCCAGAGUAGUUUGCACUGUCGAUCUUCAUCAAAAAUUUGUCAAGGCUGUAAACCAGAUUGAACUUGACGACAAGUUCAUUGAAAUUUCUUUUUGCUCUCAAAUUGGAAAGCUCUGA